AUGUACGACAACCGUACGAUGGAAGCUCUUUUGUUUCUUCAGCUCUGCCUCUGGGGCAUCGCCUUGGCUGUAAAGCCACCGUCAAACUUCCGUGUCGACACAUACGACGAGAACCGUAAUCUAGUGACUCUAGCCUGGAACAAUGAAGAGGGUUACGACAAAUUCAUCUUUCGAAUCCACUGCGACGGCUACGAUGACAUUCAGAACGACAGAAGGGGCGGCCCGGAAACAUACCAAUGGGGCGGAAUCAUCGGUGGGCUCGCGUACAAGUUCAGCAUGGAGGCUGGCAUGCAGAACCCGAACCAUAUAGAGCAUGGCCACUACUCGCCCUGGGUCGACUUGUACUGGGUCGCGCCGCAUCCGCAAUGGAGCCUUAGCACUAUCAGCGACGGCGGCAAGGCAGCGCCCACGACAGGUAUGGCUUCCGUGUCCCGCCUGCCCGAGACCAUGGAAUACUGGUAUAUCCGACCAGAUGGUGGUGUCGAGGGCGUGUGGUACGGUGGCCGUGAGCAAGCCUGGCAUGCCUAUGAGCUUGCACCGGCCGGGUCCGCGUCGACUAAGAGCGGCAUGGCAGCCAUCUCUCGAGUAUACAACCAGAUGGAGGUCUGGUUUGUGUCGCCCGACGGCACUCUUGUCGACUGUCUCUGGGUGCAAGGCCAGCAGUGGAAGUGUGAGAACCGAUCGGGUCCCGGCGCUCUCUCGACCGAAACGCAGAUUGCCGCUGUUUCACGCGACAAGGACCAUAUUGAGCUGUUCGCAUAUACACAAGAUGGCGGAGUGCUCGACUUUUUCUAUAAAGAAGGAGCGGGCUGGGGAAUAUGGCAGUUUAUCCCACCCAAGGUCACAUCUUACACCGGCGGCAUCUCUGCCGUGGCUCGCGACGCCAACAACGUCGAUGUCUUUGUCACUCGCAAUGACGGCAGCGUCCGUCACCACUGGUGGACUGAGGGCCACAACUGGAACGAUGAAGAGCUGGCGCCGCGCGAGUCCGCAAGUCUGGUGGGCAGUAUCAAGGCCAUCUCAAGGCAGUCCAACACCAUCGAGCUAUGGUACAUUGGCCCCUGGGGCAACGUCAUGGAUCAUUACUGGUACGAAGGCGACCGCUGGAAGUCCUUCCAGAUGGCCCCCAACGGAUCGGCGGAUGGAUAUGGCAGUCUGACGGCGGUAUCUCGCUACCUUGACGCCAUGGAGAUGUGGUACACUACAGCCGACGAUUCCCUCGUCGGGUGCAAAUGGUUUGCUGAUGCGCGUUGGAAAUGUUACCCGAUUAUCACACCUAGCCCGGUCUCUCAUGCUGCCAAGUUGACUGCUGUUUCACGGGUAGCCAACCAAAUCGAGCUAUUUUAUGUUGAUCAGCACGGCGACGUCACUGACCGAUCAUAUGCUCCAUAG